AUGGAUCGCGAGGUGCUGCUCUGCGCAGCCGUCGUCAUAUCUGGCAGCGUUCUCUUCACGGUCGUCAGCGGCUGCGGUUACGCUGUGGCCCUGGCCAUGCUGUACUACUGUAUCCACAGCGCCUACCUCGAGGAGUCCCGGCGGCAUUGCGAAGUCAUGGCCUUCGUCCAGCGCUCUCGCGCCGUUGUGAACUUCUCUCACUUCGGCGGCUCGCUCGAGCCGAAGGACCGGCUCGCCCUCCGGUCCAACGACAACAAGCGCCUGGUGAGGGCCUUUGGGAUCCACAACUCCCUCACCACAUACGACCCCGAACACCACCACCGCUUCGUCCUCGACGCCCGCCGCUUGACCAGCAAUGUCGAUUGGCCGGUGCUAUACUCCUCCUGCGUCACCAACGUCAGGGAGAUGGUCGCGCACCACAGGUCACCGCUGCGGGGAAGCCUCGAGGGUAGCGACUCUCCGCUCCCCAUCCCGAUCGCUCAGCUGGUGCAGCAAGUCUGCUUCCGCGGCGCUUUAGAUGCCCUAUUCGGCCACGCCACGACCUCAAAGCUGAGCGACGACGACGUCAAGGUCGUCACGGCGGACAUCAACCGGCUGUGGGUCGAGUCCAAGAACCCGGAGGCCCGGCCCGACUCGACGCACUUGCGGGAACUAUUGGAGCGCGCGGGGCUGCCCACCACCCAAGUGACGGAGGAGACGCGGCCCGCGACCGCGGAGGAGGCGCUUAGUGUCAUUCUUCCAGCAUACGAGACCCUCUGGCGCGUUGUCUUGUUGACAUACGUCCACGCCUACCACCGGUCGCCUGACCACGAGAACAUAACCCAGAUGACGGCCGCAGUCCCCGACUGUCUGGGCACGUCCAAGACCGAGAAGAGGGCGCUGAGGCUGGCCAAAGAGGGCCUCCGUCUGUACCCCUCCACCAAGCGCAUCUACCGCGCCACGGCCGUUCCCGAGGACGACCCCAUCGGCGCCGGACGGGUGUCGGCCGACGUGGAGCGAUGCCACCGGGACCCCGACAUAUGGGGCGCCAACGGGCUGCAGUUCCGGCCGGAGCGCUUCGGCGAGCUGACGCCAAUGCAGAUGAGCGCAUACUUCCCAUUCGGACUGCCCAAGCAUCGGUGCCCCGCGUUCAAUGGGUUCGGCGAGCGCCUGGUGACGUUGCUGGUCGUGGCGCUGGCCAGGGCGCUGCCGCCGCCCGGCAAGUCACGGCUGCUCUUUGGUGGCGAUGGCGCACUAGACGCUGACAACAAGGCACCGCUGCCAACUGGCAGGGCGGACAUGGAUGACUGGGUAAUUCUAGUUUAA